UGGUGCGAACUGUAAUGUUGGCUGCGUCGUGAUCAUAGAGCGUAUCCUUUAGCGAAUUCUUCAUUAAAAUUAGGCAGGACGAUGUAAGAGGCUCCCUAAAAUUAUAGGUAUUGUUAACGCGCACCUUGGAAAGUACCUGUCGUAUUGGAGCUUCGGAUAAUCCAGAAAAAUGGAUAAAAUCGUCAGAAUGCCCCAACUGAAGUAUUUACUUCAGGAGUUUCCUGGGAAUAUGAAAUUUUGUUUUGCUUAUGGAUCAGGUGCGUUCAAACAAAUUAACAACGAUAGCAAUAACAUGUUGGAUCUCAUAUUUGUUGUACGCAAUGCUAACAAAUGGCACGCAGAGAAUUUAGCAAAAAAUCCUAAGCACUACGCUCAACCAUUAAGAUAUCUCGGCCCUAAAGCGAUCACUAACAUCCAAGAAGGAUGGGGCGCUAAAAUAUUUUACAACACAUUGAUAAGAACAGGUGAAGAUCAGCUCAUUAAGUACGGCGUGAUAUCCGAGGUUUCAUUGGUGGAAGAUUUGUUAGACUGGAACGACCUGUACUUAGCUGGGAGAUUGCAUAAACCGGUUAAGGUAUUGAUGGAACCGGACGAGAAUUCUCAACUGCGUACUGCACUGGUGCAGAAUUUACAUUCGGCUGUGCAUGCAGCUCUGUUGUUGCUGCCUGAGCAUUUUACGGAGAUUGACUUUUUCAAAAGGAUCACCAGUUUAUCCUAUCAAGGCGAUUUUCGAAUGAUUUUCGGUGAAAAUAAAGAUAAGAUUAGCAACAUUGUGUUGCCACAAUUGCAUCAUUUCAAGCAGUUGUACGAACCGAUCUUGAAACAUUUUGACAAUUACGUAGAUAUUCCAAAGUCACAUGACAUGGCUGUCAUGUGUAAUCAGGACACCAGCCCGGCAACUAGAAUCCACCAUUUGAAUCAUUUACCCAGAACACCCCAGAUUAAACUAGUCAGGAUGUGGUCUCAUGGGCCAAGAUCGAAAGACACGGAAGAUUGCUUGCGUGCAAUCGCACACGAUCCGGAAUGUUGCGAUUUGUUGGAUCAAUGUUUGAAAGAGAUCGUUUGGAGGUCUAGCGUGACGCAAAGUCUAAAAGGAAUCGUAACCGCAGGGCUUGUAAAAUCCGUUAAGUACAGCGGCUCCAAGAUAAUUAAGAUGUUACAAUCCAAUCCGUUACCUAAGCCCGAUCCGAAUAAAAUCAAUAAAAUUGUUGAGACUGUUGUAAAGAAGACAAAGCCUAAGAAUGCUGAGAAACGCGUCGAGUAGUUACCACUAUUCUUUUAGAUAAAGCUAAUUCAAUCUUGAUAUAUAUGUUGAUAUAUUGAUAUAUACAUUAUUAUAUUUGUAAAUUCUUAUACGAAGCCUGUAUCACAAA